AUAGAAAAUGUUAUCAAUCACACAGAUGAAGAAGGAUUUACUCCUCUGAUGUGGGCUGCAGCACACGGGCAAAUAGCUGUGGUAGAGUUUCUACUUCAGAAUGGUGCUGAUCCCCAGCUUUUAGGAAAAGGUCGAGAAAGUGCACUCUCAUUGGCCUGUAGUAAAGGCUACACAGAUAUUGUCAAAAUGCUGCUUGAUUGUGGAGUUGAUGUAAAUGAGUAUGAUUGGAAUGGAGGGACACCUUUGCUUUAUGCUGUACAUGGAAAUCAUGUUAAAUGUGUAAAAAUGCUCUUAGAAAAUGGAGCUGACCCAACCAUUGAAACAGACUCUGGGUAUAAUUCUAUGGAUUUAGCGGUAGCCUUGGGCUAUAGAAGUGAACACACCUUGAACGACAACAGAAUCCAGUAACUUGGACAAUCACUAAGUCAGUGACAGACUAAAUUUAAGUGCACUAAGUAUUGCAUUGCAAUCUUACCAUCCUCAGACAAUGAAUAUAUAUUAUUGGGCAUAUAUCCUCAGAAUAGGAGGAAUACCUUUAUUUUAAGGAGAAGUUGAUGUUGGGGCGCCUGGGUGGCUCAGUUGGUUAAGCGAC